AUGGAUCUUGCGCCGACCGAGGACUGGGAGAUCGUCGACGAGCUCUCGAUGGAGAGAAGGUUGACGCCGACUUUGCCAGCCGAAGCCACUGCGACUGCGGAGCACAUGGACAUACCGUUGGCGCCUGCCGAGGACAUGGCAAGUACACAGCCCACCAUCAAGGUGCCAGUUGUACCAUCUGCGCACGAAGAAAGCUCGACUACGGUCGAGACAACGGUGGAGGCCGAUCUUACGACAAAAGCCGAAGCGGCGACUGCGACGUGCACCAACGCGCAAGACGUGCCAAAGCCCGAGGGCGAGGACGCAGCCCUAACGCCGAUCCGUGUCCGCGUCGGCGAGCGCAUCGGUGCCCAUCAGUUUCGCGCGGACGAGACUGUGAACGCUUUUGUGGCAAUGGCAUUUCCCGACGAGCACAAGGAUGGCAAGCGUAUUCGUCUCAUUUUCAAGGGUGCAUUGAUGCUACCGGAGAAGCCCAUGGUGACAUAUCGACUGAGUCCGAACGACGUUAUCCACGCCAUCAUCACGGAUUCUCUGCGCGAUGAUGUACCCGCCGAUUCGGGCAGCUCGCUGGACGUUGUGGGCUUCGGCCUCCGUGCAUCCGACGUUCUCCUGCUCCUCACAGGCUUCAUUGUGCUCGCCAUGUGGGUCUGGUACAGCAACUACCCGCAGCACUUUAGCUCUCUUUCCUUCACAACCUUGCUUGCGCUCAGCGGUUUCCACGCCUACUGCGUCUAUUCCGCGCUACUCGUGCACCAAGAACUCGGGCGAUGA